CUCCCUUUCCCUGCCUCCCAUGAAGCAGCAACAGCAACAGCCUGGGGGCGGUCGGGUGUUGCCCAGGCGCCGCCUCCUCCAUGGCCUCCGUCUUUCGCCGGGUGGGCUCCCGCUUCCUCCUCCGCCGCCCUGGGCCGCACCCGACCCCCGGGGCUCGCAGAACUAUAUUUCUGAGAACAGCCUUAGCAAUGGCCACAGGAGGGAAGGGCAGCCAUUCCAGUGACGCUCUCUACACUAAUCGUCUGAUUCAUGAGAAGUCCCCUUACCUCCUUCAACAUGCCCAUAAUCCUGUUGACUGGUACCCAUGGGGUCAGGAAGCCUUUGAUAAAGCAAAGAAAGAGGAUAAAUUGAUAUUUUUAUCAGUUGGCUAUUCAACCUGCCAUUGGUGCCAUGUGAUGGAGCAAGAAUCCUUCCAGAAUGAAGAGAUUGGUAAAAUCUUGAACGAGAACUUUGUGUGCAUCAAGGUGGAUCGUGAGGAGCGGCCGGAUGUGGAUAAAGUUUACAUGACCUUUGUGCAGGCAACCAGUAGUGGAGGGGGCUGGCCAAUGAGUGUAUGGUUGACUCCUGACCUGAAACCAUUUGUAGGGGGGACCUAUUUCCCUCCCGAGGAUGGUAUUUACCAGGUUGGCUUUCGAACUGUUCUGCUCCGCAUCCUAGAUCAGUGGAAACGGAACAAAGCAACCCUUUUGGAAAAUAGCCAGAAUAUCCUGUCUGCACUGUUAGCCAGGACAGACAUCAGUGUCCGAGGGGGGGAAACACCCCCCUCGUCGAAGGAGGUAAUGACAAGAUGUUUCCAGCAACUCUCAGAGUCUUAUGAUGAAGAAUAUGGUGGAUUCUCGGAGUCUCCCAAAUUCCCAACUCCAGUCAACUUGAGUUUCCUCUUCUCCUAUUGGGCUCUUCAUCGGUCAACUUCUGAAGGAGGCCGGGCUCUUCAGAUGGCCCUGCACACUCUCAAGAUGAUGGCAUAUGGUGGCAUUCAUGAUCAUAUUGCCCAGGGUUUCCAUCGCUACUCCACUGACCAGCGUUGGCAUGUCCCUCACUUUGAAAAAAUGCUGUAUGAUCAAGGACAACUGGCAGCAGCUUAUGCCAAGGCAUUUCAGAUUUCUGGCGAUGAAUUCUUUGCAGACACUGCGGCUGAUAUUCUGCUGUAUGUUUCCAGGGACCUGAGUGACAAGUCUGGGGGGUUCUACAGUGCAGAGGAUGCAGAUUCCUACCCCACUGCCCAGUCAGAGGAGAAGCAAGAGGGGGCAUUCUGUGUGUGGACAGCUGAGGAGAUCCGGCGGCACCUGCCAGACCUCAUUGAAGGGAAUCCUGAGAAAAAAACUGUGGCAGAUGUCCUCAUGCACCACUAUGGGGUUAAAGAAGAUGGCAAUGUGAAUCCAAUGAAGGACCCUCAUAAUGAGCUAAAAGGAAAAAAUGUCCUGAUUGUUCAGUAUUCCCUGGAACUUACAGCUGCCCGGUUUGGACUUGAGCUGGAACAGCUGAAGACAAUGCUAGUUGAAAGCAGGGAGCAGCUGUAUAAAGUGCGGGUCCAGCGGCCACAGCCUCAUCUGGACACCAAGAUGCUGGCCUCCUGGAAUGGGCUGAUGAUCUCUGGCUUUGCUCAGAGUGGAGCCAUCUUGGGCAAGGAAGAGUACAUUGACCGGGCUGGGUGUGCGGCUGAUUUCUUGCGGAACCACAUGUUUAAUGUCAGCAGUGGAAAGUUGCUCAGAAGCUGCUACCGGGGCCAAGGGAACUCAGUGGACAAGAGUUCUGUUCCGCUCCACGGCUUCCUGGAGGACUAGGUCUUAAUCCAAGCCCUCUUUGACCUUUAUGAGGCCUCGCUGAACCGAGUUGGUUUAGAGUGGGCUGUGCAGCUGCAGCACAAGCAAGAUGAGCUCUUCUGGGACCCAAAGGGGUUUGCCUAUUUCUCCAACGAAGCUGCCGACCCCAUUGCUCCUCGUAGGAAAGAUGAUCAAGAUGGUGCAGAGCCUAGCCCCAACUCUAUUGCUGUCAGUAACUUGCUCCGGGCAGCCAGCUACACUGGCCACAAAGAAUGGGUGAAGAAAGCUGGGCAGAUUCUGGCUGCAUUCUCAGAGAGGCUAGUGAAGAUUCCUGUGGUCCUCCCUGAGAUGGCUCGAGCCACAGCUGCUUUUCACCAGACCCUCAAACAGGUUGUUAUCUGUGGUGACCCAACAGGAGAAGACACCAGAGAGCUGCUACACUGUUAUUAUUCUACAUAUACUCCGCACAGGGUGCUGAUUUUUGCAGAUGGUGACACAAGAGGAUUACCGUACCAGCAGCUUGGCUUCCUCUCAACUCUGGAGAAGAAGGAUGGAAAAGCUACUGCUUAUCUGUGUGAGAACUUUACUUGCUCCGUGCCUGUCACUUCUAGCCAGGAGCUGCGACGUUUGUUGCUGUCUUGAAGCUACCAUCCUUGACAGACUUUGCAUUUCUGUGGUCAAGAAGAAAGAGAGCCCUAAAUUUAAUGAAACAACCUUUAUCUCCUUGGAUCUCCCAAUAAAGUCACCUUCAGACUAACAAAGUCAUGGCCACUUUCA